AUGUCCAGCCCGUACCAAAGUAUACACGAUUUAUCGAAUGGUUCUGUCAGGGAGUUGGUUCGAUACCUUUAUCUCCCGGCCGAGCACAGCAUUGCGAAACCCCCAAAGAGUUGGCUCAGGGAGCAAGAGGAGAAACUGAAACAACUACCCACGGAAUGUCUCCGUCCACCCAGCAACAUCAACCCAUUCAACUUUUUUACUCGCCUUGCGAUGAAGCACAGCGAGAAGCGUAGCCAUUCGUUCAUACCGCAGGCCGCAGUCCUAUGCAAGAGCCAUUAUGGUCUGAAUCCUUGGACAAUUCACGCCCUUUUUGCACUGGUUCUCAAAGAGAUCACGGUGGAAACGGCUAGCUUACGACAUGAUCGACAACGCGGUAGAGGUCCGGAGUUUACACCGUUGAUCAAGGAAUUCGUUCGUCGUCUGGACGGCAUUCAGGCCUUGUGGAUGGACACGUACAACUUCGAACUCCUGUAUGGCCGCCAGCCAAAAGUACUGAGCCAUGUCAACUCACAUUGCGAGGCGUGCAUCUUGUCAGCACUCGGAUCUCGUCCCUCUUUCCUCGGCGACCUUCGUGCUAAUCUCAUCGCCCGUACGGAGAGAAUCUCACCAUGCUUGCAGAGGGUCGUGGACGCGUGGAUCAAUGAGUUCCCCGAAAUUGCACAGAGAAAGGUCUUCAAAGACAGCGCGAGCUUGGGUGAGGAAAUUCGGGCCAUGCUCAAAGAAGUCAGAGCAGCGCGUCGGCAGAGACGCGAAGCUAAGCACCUGAGAAAAGCCGGAGCUUCGGAGGACAUCAGGAGGACAUCCGGACGUGGUACUCCGCGCUCAAUUCCGGGCGACCAGUCGACUAUGAGCGGACGGCCUUCCACGGCAAUGAGCCAGGACCCUUUUGCUGAGCCAGGUGAUGAAGACCUCGACACUGAGAAUCAGUCGUGGGAAGAUGCGGUCGGGGAUUACUACGAGCAGUCAGCCCGCCAGAACGGUAACGGGGGUAAACUCGAUCGAUCGUCCCUUCACCCGGCCUUUGGCGGCCCAGCCCCUGAACCCAGCGCCCAGUUCCGUCGAGACUUUGGUACAGGAAAGGAGGUGGAUCGGAAAGAACAAGGGGCUCUCUGGGAGGAUGCCGUUGCUAAUAGUCCAGCUAGGAAAGAACAGCGUCUGCGCGCAUCUGACUUUCCCCCAUCAAUGAUCCAAGACGACGCCCGACGACAGGAUCUGUUUCGACAUGUAGACUCUGUAGAGUCCCAACCGGCCACGCCUCGGCCUGCCACGCCUCCCGCCGCUACCCUCGCACCACCGUCCCGCGCGUACGCCGCCGAAGCCCCGCGCAGCCCAUCAUACACGGACGCCAGCGUAUACUCCAACAACGAGCCGGCCCGCCCUCACCCCAAACCCCCAUCCUCGCUCGCGUCCAUCGUCACGACAUGGCCCGAGAUUCAGACUCGCUCGUCUUCCGCCCGUGGACCCCGUCCCGGCGGGGUCGUAAGUACUUCCUCCCCCUCCACCCAGAAUAACAACCUCGUGACACAGGACCGCCGCGCCACAGCUACAAAGUUUACUCCUCCUUGGGUGGGGUUCCAAAUGUCGCCGACGGAAGCGGAGUGGUAUCUUGCCGAGCAGGAGAGGGUAGCGCAGCUAGAAGAGAUGGAGCGCAUCGGCCGGCCGAGUUUUAGGGACCGCGGUGAUUCUAGGUUGGUUGCUCCUGAGGAUGGAGGAGAGUAUGAGGAGGAUGGGUCGAGAACGCCGACGGCAGGGUCUGCGCAGACUGGGACUUGGGUUGAGGAGUCUGGUGGUUGGACUGUAAGGGAGGUGUCGCCUUUGAGUAGUGAUGAUGAGGGUGAUGAUGGGCGUAGUGUCGUGACGGUGGAGAGACGGGGGUCUAGGAGUGAGGCGUCGACGAUUUAUCCUGAUGAUUCGCAUAGUGUGGCUAAUGCUCGGCGGUGGUGA